CGUCCCUUCCUCGGGGACCCGUGCGACCUCGGAGCGGCCCACGCGCUGGCCAUUCAGGCUCAGGCCAUUUUGGCUCAGGCCGUUGCGGCUCAAGCCAUGUUGGGCUGAAGCCGCUGCGGUGCCAUUCAUGUUCUUGGAUGUUGGACACCGGUCGAUGGUCUCGAGAUGGCUUUGUUCCUCUCGAAGCGUCAAUCAGGAAGUGCGAUCAGACAAAGCAGUGGUGCGCGGCACUGCAGUUGCUCCGCCACGGGGUUCAAUCAGGCGUGCAACUUUUCCCAGGCCACUACGUUGCGAUUGCCAGCGCAUGUAGAAAAAGCGGACAAUGGCAACACGCCCUGUCGGUGCUCAGUGCGAUGUGGGAGUCGAAGUUUGAGCGCAACGUCAUCAGUUUCAACGCUGGGAUCAGCGCGUGCGAGAAGGGCCAGCAGUGGCAGUUGGCGCUGGCGCUGGUCAGCGAGAUGUGGGAAAUUAAGCUGAAGCCCGACCCUAUCAGCUACAACGCUGGGAUCAGCGCGUGCGAGAAGGGCGAGCACUGGCAGCGAGCUCUGGCGCUGCUGACCGAAAUGCGGGAGGCGAAGCUGGAGCCCAACGUCAUCAGCUACAAUGCUGGAAUCAGCGCGUGCGAGAAGGGCGAGCAGUGGCAGUGGGCGCUGGCGUUGCUGAGCGAGAUGUGGGAGGCGAAGCUGAAGCCCAAUGACCCUGGUCAGCUACAACGCUGGGAUCAGCGCGUGCGGGAGGGGCGAGCAGUGGCAGCGGGCACUGGCGCUGCUGCGCGAGAUGUGGGAGGCGAAGCUGGAGCCCAACCCCUAUCUAUCAGCUACAACGCUGGGAUCAGCGCGUGCGAGAAGGGCGAACAGUGGCAGCAGGCUCUGGCGCUGCUGAGCGAGAUGCGGGAGGCCGCGUGCGAGAAGGGCGAGCAGUGGCAGCGGGCUCUGGUGCUUCUGAGCGAGAUGUGGGAGAAGGCAGAGCAGUGGCAGAGGGCUCUGGCGCUGUUGAACGAGAUGUGGGAGGUGAAGCU